GCAAACCUUGCCGGGCCGAAAAUGCUAUAAAGUUCCAAGGAGUUAGGUUCUGUUAAAUAAAGAAGAAUUAUUUAUACUUGAAUUCUUUUUAUUCAUACACAUCAACGUAUGCGUAUAGAGGUGACAGAGUUAAAGGGGAAAGAUAAACAGGAAAUACACAACGGGUAAAAUAACAGAAAACUAAACGACGAGAAGAAAAGUUUCUGCAAUAAUAAAAAUAUUCAAGUCAAGUGUCAAGUCUGUGACAACAAUGCAGGAAGAGCAAAAAAAAACUCCAAAAUUAGGAACUAUUCGAAAAAUUCGCAAUGCUGCAAGUACACCAGACAUUGCAAGAAAUCUGUCGAAUACUACUUUACCUGCUUCACAUAAUGUUUCUAGAGCUUCUCGUAGUAGAGUAACUUUGAUGCCAGGUGACAUUGCACAGUUACAGAAAGUGUGUGUGCCGAGAAAGAAGAUUGUUGUAGACAAGCAGUCAAUCAUGCCAUCACAGAUAAUAUUGGAUGCACAAAAGAAAAUGGACAGCGAAGAAUUAGAGCUUGGACUUCUUUAUGAUGAAUAUUUACAAACUAUGAUGAUGGAUCUCAUAAUGAAGAAGAAGCUUCUAGAGAAAAAGCGUCUAAUGAUCAUGCAAAUGGCUGCCAUAGCACAAGAGAUUGAUCAGGAUACACAAAAAUUAAUUAAAAUUAAAACAAGGGAACGCGAUAUAAUAAAUUUAAGUUUAGCACAAAAAGAAGCAGAUUGUCAACUGAUUGCAGUGACAAAAUAUGCUGAAAAUGAAACAUUUAAGAUUGUAAAAGAUAUGUUAUCCAAGUUGUACCUUCUCUUGGAACCUUUGGAUGUAUUGCGAUGUAAUGGCAUAAUACUUCCUGAAACACAAACUGAAUGGAAAGAGACUCAAGAAAUAUUAAAUAAAUGUUCAAAUGUUUUAAGAAACACUGCAAAUUUAAUAGGAUCGAAAGGCGAAAUGUAUUGUGCUGUUAAUGCUGGAUUGAAGAAUUUUACCGAAGCAUAUGAUGAAAUAAAAGAUCUUCAAAAAAAAUUGGAAGAAGUACUGUGCAAUUUUCAAGUAUUGAUGCUGAAAAAUGCUUCACUUUCAUUGGCAUGCGAUGAUAAAUCGUGAAUAAAAUACAAUUUUUGAAAAAAUAUUUAAAUUUUUUUUCUUUAAAUAUGUAGUUAUGCAUUUGUCUAUUUUUUCAGCUAAACUUCUUACAUCAUUCCUUUUUUCUUCAUUGUUUUCUUCAGUUUUCCUUUUUUUUUCAUGAAAAGAAAACAUGAGAUUCAGCAAGAGGUUCUGCUGAAAAGAACAGACCAUGAUAAUUCCGAGUUUAGAUAACAGUUGACUGAAAAUAUCUACGACCCUACUACUUACACUGUCACAAACUGCUCCAAAAGUAAAUCUUUUUGAAAGGACACAAUUCAGUCUUUACAGACUUGUACAAUAAAUAAGUUCAAUUAUUAGAAUGUGAGUCAAUUAAUGAAAGAAAAAA